CGAAUGUUCGCAAAGAUCAACCGCUACAGAACGACUUCUGCGUUACAAACAAUUCGAUUAGUACUUAUAAAUCAAUUUCACUUAACCACGUACGAGUUACAGGAAAAAUUGCCACCCACGAUUAACUUUAAUAUUAAUAAAGAAAAGUCAAAAAAUACCUAUUUGGAAAUGAUAAAUAUUUACACCGAUCGAAAUCAUGUUUAUAGAAGAGGACACGUCGAGUUUAUUUAUUCCGCUUUAAAACACAUGGAUGAGUAUGGGGUCAGUAAAGAUUUAAACGUCUAUAAAGCUUUGAUUGAUGUAAUGCCUAAAGGAAAGUUCAUACCUACGAAUAUAUUUCAAGCGGAAUUUAUGCACUACCCUAAACAACAGCAGUGUAUAGUUGAUGUUUUAGAACAAAUGGAGGAUAAUGGGGUUUUACCCGAUGUAGAAAUGGAGCAAAUGUUAUUGAAUAUAUUUGGUAAUCGCGGAUUUCCAUUAAGAAAAUAUUGGAGAAUGAUGUAUUGGAUGCCAAAAUUUAAAUAUGCGUCACCUUGGUAUGUUCCAAACCCCGUACCUGAUGAUACAUUAAAUUUAGCCCGAUUAGCCAUUAAAAGAAUAAGUAGUGUCGAUGUCCAAACAAUCAUUAAAGUUUAUACAACAGAUGAUGUUAAAAUUUGGAUUGUUAGUGCUCAAUCGCCAACUCAAAAGAAUCUUAUUCAAAAUCAUAAUGAAUCAGAACCAAUUUACGUGAUGGGACCAUGUAAGGUGUGGUUAAGAAACAAAUCGGUAGAUUAUUUUUAUUUGAAUGCUAAUCCAAAAUCAUCGCCAACCUCAAAUAUUGAUGAAGAUCCGUUUUAUUUGGACGAUAUUAGCAAUAUUGAAGUUAAAUUACAAAAUAGUUUAUCGUUAUCAACGAAAAGCGUUCACGAACAAGAUGAUGGUGUUAUAAUGGCUUUGUGUGCUACUCAAACAUCCAAUAAAGAAUCUUUAUUAUGUUGGAUAAGACAUUUAGAAAAAGAUGGAAAUCCGAUGUUGGGCGCAAUUUCCAUUGUGUUUCGUUUAAAAAGUUCCACGGUUGAAAAUAAGAGGUGCAUAUCAGUUUCUUAAUUUUUUUUUAUUUAAGCUUUUAAAUUUUACAUAAACGAUCAAUAAUGUAGUUCACUUCCUCAUUAUACUGCAUCUCGAUGUAUCUAUAUAUAGAUGGGCAAUAACUCUUGUCAAUUAUAUUCGAGAGAACAACAUUCAAUAAAGACCAACUAUAAACGGAAAAUGUUUGUUCAUUAAAAAGAGAAAGCUAGUUUAAUGCACUUUAAAAGGGAUGUUAUAAAUAAUCAAAGUUUAUAAAUUUUUGAAUUACCACCAUCUGCUUGAUCGUCCGUUUGAUGACAGCUUAAAGUGAUGUAACAAAGGGGAACAUGACGUGGGAGUGAUACGGAAAUUAAUAUAUACGCCAGACAAUUCACGAUCCGUUCCCUACCUGGGAGUCGUUUUCUUUCUCUUUUACGUUACAAACAACCACAGUAACGCUCGAAGAUAUAUAAUGUACGCGCUCGUGGCAUAUUUAUACAACACAAUCGGUUUGCAGAUGUCAAGGAAAAAGGUUAAGAUGGCCAGCUGGGUACUCUGCGAGGUCAAACCGAGGUCAACGCUGACAGGACAAAUUGAUUUAAUAAAAGAAAAUGAUUUAUUAAUUGGUAACUAUUUAGGAUAAGAUCAAAGACGAUAAUAUAAUAGAAAGCAUGAUGGUGAAGGCAAUUAAAUGAAUUUUUAUUUCGGAUAUUGUUUUGAUAUUGGAAAUCGAUAUUGAAUAGAAAGUAGGAAACGAAAUUGGAUCCCAUUAGUUUUCCCGGUGCGUCCCAGUAACGAACGGGGAAAAUAAUUGUUUACUUAAGAA